AUGGAAAUAUUACCCAAUGAAAUUCUUCUUCAUAUAUUUUCUUAUCUUGAAUGGUUCGAUAUGUUAACAUCUUUCUGGUCAUUAAAUAUUCGCUUCAAUUCUCUUGUAUGUUCAAUUUUUUCGAUAAAUGACAAUAGAUUGAACAGUGGUCUGCUUAUUACGCAUGGUUUAUCUUAUAAUAAAUGUUGUUCAAUAUUAUUUCCAUUGAUUUUAAAUUCAUCACCUCUUUCUUCUUCUAUUCAACGUAUUCAUUUUGAUGGAUCAAAUUCAAUUGCUUCUGAUCUUUGUUAUGAAUGGUUAUUUAAUGAUAAAAAAUUACUUCAUUUUCCAAAUCUUAAAUCACUUGUUCUUGGUCAAUGUGGAUCAAUUAAACCAAUAGUUCAAAGUUUAUCUUAUCUUGUUCAACAUCAAUUAGAUGAACUUACAUUAACAUUUAAUAAGCAUAUACCAAAACUACGAUGUUUUACUUUAAAAACUUUCAUUAACAAUGAUUCGAAUAUUAUUUAUUUGAAAUGGCUUCUUAAUAAUAUAAACUAUGUUGAGAAACUUCAACUUCAACUUAGAAGUGAUAAACUAAUUGAAACAAGCCGUCAAAAUAUAUUAAAAUCUUUUAUUGAUGCAAGUUUUAUUCGCCAAUAUUGUUUACCUGAUACAAUAUCAAAUUUAAUUUAUUUUGAUUUUUAUAUUUGUUCAGAAUGUCAAUUAUCAUUUAAUGAUGUAGAAAAAAUAACAAAUUCAUUUAAAAUUCAUUCUUUUUUUAUCGAUCAUCAAUGGACAAAUAUUAAAUGUUUAUUUGAUCCAAUAAUGUCGUCUCAACAUCUUUUCUCUUCUUUCAAUAAUACAUCUCAAAUUUCCGAUAAUUUUAUUGAUUAUUCAUAUAUUUUUAAUUGGCCCCGUACUGGUGACAUUUGGUUUAAAAUGUAUCCAUCACUUUAUUUUUUUCUCGAACAAUUCACUGAAUUAUCACCUAAUAUUUCUUGUGUCAAAAUACCUGACGAUCUAAGAAUGAACGCAUUAAAUACUGUUCGAUAUGCUGAAUUUCGUCUUCCGAGUUGUCAUAUAGGUAGAAGCGACGUAAUACAUAUUGGCAAACACCUUGUGCCUUUUCUUAGCACAUAUAUGCCUCAUUUACAAACAUUACGUCUUUGGCGAUCAGAUGAUUUUCCUUGGACAACUAAUCAACAUGUAGCCGUCUUUGAACAAGAUCUUUGUCAACUGACCGGAAAAUUAAAGGACUUUAUCUUUCUCGAUAUUUAUGGCGAAAUUCAUUAUGAAAAAGUUGAACCUUACCGGUCGAUGGUUCAAGCUCGCUUUCCUGAUAGUCGAAUAGAUGUUGAAAUAUCAAGAUUUCGUUUGUGGCGUUAA